GCGCGUGGUGACAGCUGCCCUGAUGAUAUCGAUGAACGUUCCCAGCGGUAACAGCAACCCGCACAGCAAUCACGGAAAGAAGCAUAAAAAGAAGAGUAAGAAACACCGUAAAGGAGCAGGCGGGGACGUCGCCGGUUUGGACAUAAGGCCUCAGAUUCCUAACCCGGACGACCUGUGUCACAUCCUUACAAUUCAUACGCCUACCUCUCCAACCAAGACUCCUCCCACCCCACCACUCAAUCUGUCCCAAAGCCCCCCUGAUCUCCACCCCCCUGCCCCAGUCACCCCGUCAAUACCUAUACCAAAAACUACCAUCUCUGCCUCACACCCAUUAUCUUCCUCAGAGACACCACCCACUCCCAUCGUCCCUUUGUUACGUGCACCUCCUACCCAGUCCAGUACACCCCCCACUCAGCUGAUCCCUCCGCCCCAAACACCGCCCUCGCAGCCCCUCAGCCCUCCCCCUCCAGACUUCACUCCACCCCCACCCGAACUCCUCGGAUCAGACGAUGAAGAGCAGGAAGAUCCAUCCGAUUAUUGCCGAGGUGGCUACUACCCAGUGAAGAUUGGAGACCUGUUCAAUGGCCGGUACCAUGUUGUGAGGAAGCUGGGCUGGGGUCAUUUCUCCACUGUGUGGCUGUGCUGGGACCUGCAGAGGAAGCGCUUUGUGGCUCUUAAGGUGGUGAAGAGUGCCCAGCACUACACUGAAACGGCUCUUGAUGAGAUCAAACUACUGAAAUGCGUGCGAGACAGCGAUCCCACCGACCCCCAUCGAGAGACCAUAGUGCAGCUCAUCGAUGACUUCAAGAUAUCUGGGGUCAAUGGAGUCCAUGUGUGCAUGGUGCUGGAGGUUCUGGGCCACCAGCUGCUGAAGUGGAUCAUCAGGUCCAACUACAUGGGCCUGCCGAUGCCAUGUGUGAAGACCAUCCUCCGGCAGGUGCUGCAAGGCCUCGACUACCUGCACACCAAAUGCAAGAUCAUCCACACGGACAUCAAGCCUGAGAACAUCCUCCUGGACGUGAACGAGGUGUACGUCAGGCGGCUGGCUGCCGAGGCCACCCUGUGGCAGCAGGCGGGGGCUCCGCCCCCCUCCGGCUCCUCUGUUAGCACCGCCCCGAGAGAGAAACAGACAGGUAAGAUUUCCAAGAACAAGAAGAAGAAGAUGAAGAGGAAGGAGAAGAGGCAGCAGAAGCUUCUGGAGGAGAGGCUGGUGGACCUGCAGAGGAUGGAGGAGCUGGACGGGGUCUCCCCCCCGGACCCCCUCAGUCCCCUCGCCUCCGCCGGCCUCCCGGCGCCCACACGGGUCCCGUGGAGGCUGAACCCGCAGGAGGAAGGAGGGGACCCCGACAGGCAGGCGCACGCUUCCCCGGGUUCCUCGCUGGUUGUGAACGGGAACGGGGACAGCCAUGCCAACGGCUCGGCGGUGGGGCCCAUCCAGGCCAGUCCGGAGUCGGCCUCGUCCUGGCUGGAGGAGGGCUGCAACGGCCACUCCCUCCCGCGCUUCUCCAGCCCCGGCUCCGCCCUGUCCGGCAUGUCCGGCUCCAUACUGUCCCCCACCUCCGAGUCGGCCCUGUCCACACUUUCCGGUUACUCCACCGAGAGGGGCAGCCAGCGCUCCCUGCUGUCCCCACACAUGUUCAGUGCAGCAGAUUUCCUGGUGAACCCUCUGGACCCUCUGAAUGCAGAUAAAAUCCGCAUCAAGAUCGCAGACCUGGGCAACGCCUGCUGGGUGCACAAGCACUUUACAGAGGACAUCCAGACUCGGCAGUACCGAGCUCUGGAGGUCCUGAUCGGGGCGGAGUAUGGCACUCCUGCGGACAUCUGGAGCACAGCAUGCAUGGCGUUUGAGCUGGCCACGGGGGACUAUCUGUUUGAACCGCACUCGGGGGAGGACUACACACGAGAUGAAGAUCACAUUGCCCACAUAAUCGAGCUGCUGGGAGCCAUUCCACCCCACUUUGCCCUCUCAGGGAGAUACUCUCGCGAGUACUUCAAUCGCAGAGGGGAGCUGCGCCACAUCUCCAACCUCAAACCGUGGGGUCUGUUCGAGGUGCUGCUGGAGAAAUACGAGUGGCCCCUGGAGCAGGCCGCCCAGUUCAGCGACUUCCUCCUCACCAUGCUGGCGUUCCUCCCGGAGAAGAGGGCCACGGCUGCCCAGUGUCUGCAGCACCCCUGGCUCAGCUCCUAAAGCCCAGCGCUGUCCCACACUACUGUCCACACAGUCACACACACUGUACACCUACAGUCACCGACUGCCCGCACAGUCUAGAGCAGAGGGUGCACUUACGAAACUGUCAUACUCGCAUCACAC